AUGGCCGUAGCGGCCGUUGCUCCGACCCUAGUGAGCGAUACAGCUGAUGUUCUUGGUCGAAGGCCUGUUUACCUGGCUAGCUUGACACUAUAUGCAGCGGCUAAUGUUGGUAUCGCGCUUUCAAAGUCAUAUGCCGCGCUGUUGGGACUCCGAGUAUUACAGGCAUUAUCAAUCUCAGGAACAAUCUCAACUGCGUACGGCGUGAUUACCGAUGUCGCGUCGCCUGCCGAGAGAGGAACUUUUGCCAGCGUAAUGGCGUUCGCAAUCACAAUUGCCCCAAGCUUUGGUCCCAUUCUUAGCGGGAGCAUAUCCUAUGCUGCAGGCUGGACAUGGAUAUUCUGGUUUCUCUCCAUUGCAGCCGGCCUAUGCUUAGCUAUCAUGGUAUUCCUACUCCCAGAGACAUCACGGAAUGUGGUAGGCAACGAUUCGAUACCUCCACCCAAGCUAUUGAGACUACCUUUCCCAAACGUGAUGCGUCACUGGAAGCAAGAAGAGAAGUCAGAAAAAGUCGAGAGAAAGCUUCCCAAUCCUCUCAAGUCCUUAAUGAUUCACACUCGAAGAGACAACAUGGUAAUCGUUCUAGCUUACGGAUUGUAUUAUGUGGUUUACACAUGCAUGAACGCAGCUCUUUCAGUCUUAUUUAUUGAUAUCUACGACCUCAACCAGUGGCAAACAGGCCUAAUAUACCUUCCUUUUGGUCUCGGAGGAACUGCUUCGGCUUUUAUGUCCGGUCCUUUGUUGGAUACGGCGUAUCGUAGGGCAAGAACGCAACGUGGUCUGCCAAGUGAUAGAGUUCUUAGGGACAACCUAGACAUUUCUCCAGUUGAGAAGGCUCGCCUAAGUGUUAUGUGGGCUCCUAUGAUCAUGACAGUCUGUUCCGUCAUGGCAUUUGGCUGGGUCUUACACUUUCAUCUGCAUAUUGCAAUCCCUCUGAGUCUUCAGUUCAUUGCAGGCCUAGCAAUGCAGCUCGAUUCAAGUGUUUACAACGUACUCCUCGUGGACAAGAAUCACCGAACACCAGCAGCUGCUACUGCAUCAAGCAACAUUGUGAGGUGCGCCUUGGCAGCGAUCACAGUGUCCUUUCUGCAACGUCUGAUAGAUUCUUUGGGAAUUGGCUGGACAUUCACAUUCAUGAGCGGCCUAUGUGUUAUAAGUACAGGGCUUUUCUUGGUAGAUUAUUAUCGAGGAACAGUUUGGAGACAGCAAGCUCUCGGUCUGACGAUAUCUCAAGAGGACCACUCAAGGGAUGAAGGGCGAAGUGGAUAUCAGGCAUCAGAUCACGAAAACCCCGUUUCAGGAGCCUUUAUCUGUACUCGCGAGAGGAGCGGGAAUUGA